CGAGGCGGUGCUGAGGCCCGCGAGCUGCCGCUCUAGCCGAAACCUGGUCACAGAGUCGCACCGCUUCCGUCCGUCGGACAGAGGAACGGUGGAAGGAGCCGGAAGUUCGGUGGGCUCCUGGCGUCGCGAUGGAGGAGAGCGGGUACGAGUCGGUGCUCUGUGUCAAGCCUGACGUCCACGUCUACCGCAUCCCUCCGCGGGCUACCAACCGUGGCUACAGGGCCGCGGAGUGGCAGCUGGACCAGCCAUCAUGGAGUGGCCGGCUGAGGAUCACUGCAAAGGGACAGAUGGCCUACAUCAAGCUGGAGGACAGGACGUCAGGGGAGCUCUUUGCUCAGGCCCCGGUGGAUCAGUUUCCUGGCACAGCUGUGGAGAGUGUGACGGAUUCCAGCAGGUACUUCGUGAUCCGCAUCGAAGAUGGAAACGGGCGACGGGCGUUUAUUGGAAUUGGCUUCGGGGACCGAGGUGAUGCCUUUGACUUCAAUGUUGCAUUGCAGGACCAUUUCAAGUGGGUGAAACAGCAGUGUGAAUUUGCAAAACAAGCCCAGAACCCAGACCAAGGCCCUAAACUGGACCUGGGCUUCAAGGAGGGCCAGACCAUCAAGCUCAACAUCGCAAACAUGAAGAAGAAGGAAGGAGCAGCUGGGAAUCCCCGAGUCCGGCCUGCCAGCACAGGAGGGCUGAGCCUGCUUCCCCCUCCCCCAGGGGGGAAAACCUCCACCCUGAUCCCUCCCCCUGGGGAGCAGUUGGCUGUGGGGGGAUCCCUCGUCCAGCCAACAGUUGCUCCCAGUUCAGGAGGUGCUCCUGUACCCUGGCCACAGCCCAAUCCUGCCACCGCUGACAUCUGGGGAGACUUUACCAAAUCUACAGGAUCAACUUCCAGCCAGACCCAGCCAGGCACAGGCUGGGUCCAGUUCUGACCUGAGCACAGUUUUUCCUCAUGUGACUUCUGGGAAGGCGCUCCCUCGUCUGGGCCAAAGGAAGGAGGACGAAGCCCUCCUCAGCUGGCCUGUGUUUGGGGCAUGAAUCUCUCCUCUCCUCCUUGUCUGGCUCUGUUGACAAACCGGGCAUGUUUGGCAGUAAAUUGGCACCGUGUCACAAUGUUUCCUGGGAUUCAAGUAUACAACCAGAACACCGGAGAAGAAAAGCUCCAGGAUCCCUGUCCCCAUCUGUCCUCUUGAUGUGAGAGAGACUCUGAGACUUCUUCCAUCGCAAUGACCCGUAUUAAACACAAGCCCCCAAAGCAAAAGAAUAGGUUGAGUUUGCUGCCUGGAUUCAGAUCAGCCCUUCCCAGGGUCUGCAGGUGUCACAUGAUCACAGUUCAGCGGGAGGCUUUCCGUACCCACACUGGCUGUAGCCACUUCAGUCCAUCUGCCCUCCAGAGGAGGGGUUUCUUCCUGAUUUUUAGCAGGUUUAGCGGCUGCAGCUUGAGCUACAAUCAGGAGGGAAAUUGGAAGGAUUAGCAGCUUUUAAAAAUGUUUAAAUAUUUUGCUUUGCUAAUGUGCUGAUCCGCACUAACUCAUCUUUGCAAAAGGAACUGCUCCCUCGGCGUGCCCCAGCAGGGGCUUCUGAAGGGAUUCCUCACUGUGGGCAGCUGCCCUGAGCUUCAGGCAGCAGUGUUCAUCUCUGGCCAGUUGUCUGGUUUCCAUGUAUUCUAGGCCAGGUAGGCAACACAGAGCCAAGGCGGGUGCUGGAAGCCAGACGGAACAGUGUUGGGGCAGGAAGGUGGAAGCUGUUGUCAUGGAGCUGUGGGAGUUGGCACUCUGUCUGCUGGUGGCCCUCUCGGCUCACAUGUUCACAGUGCAGCUCCUGGCAGACUUGGGUUUUCUCUUUGGUGGUUUCUAAAGUGCCUUAUCUGCAAACAACUUCUUUUCUCCUUCAGGAACUGUGAAUGGCUAGAAGAAGGAGCUCAGUAAACUAGAAGUCCAGGGUUGCUUGGUUUACUGGUUUAUAAGAAAUCUGAAAGCGCCUCUGAAAUUCCUUUAAUUAACUCACCUCUCAGUUGAAAGAUUUCUUCUUUGAAAGGUCAAGACCGUGAACUGAAAAAAGUGUUGGCCUUUUUGCGGGACCAGAUUUUUAAGAUAAAAUAAAUAUUUUUACUUCUGUUA